AUGAUCGCUAAGAGUCUGGUUUUUGCUGUGCUAACGGCUUAUGCUGCGGCUGGGCCUUGUAAGCCUGGUGGGGCUUCGUUCAGCACGCUCUCCGCCAGUGAAUCGACCAGCGAGCCUACUACUUCUGAUCAAGUCACGACUACUAUGGAGGCAGCUACCACUACAACGAGCGCAUCCGUACCCGCUGGCGAGGCUAUCAUCUUCCAGGUUAACCCUCAACGUCGUCUAUGGAAGCGAGAUGCUACAUUCGUGGGCAGCAACAGUCCGACUGAAUGCACCUUUGCUUCGGUCUUUCGCCUCGACGAGGGAAAGCUCUUGGAGGAUGGAGUGCCUAUUUACUAUUCCGGCCGUGGCUUUCAGGAGCUUGCUGCUCAGGGCGAACCACCAGCUGAUUCAGUGACGACGACAUUCUCAAUCGCCAGUGGUCGUCUUACAUGGACGGAUUCGUCGUUCGGCGAGGCUGGGUUCUGUCAGACCGAGUCUGAUGGACAGGUGUACAUCACCUUUGGGUCAGAACCUGUUGGCUGUGAAACUGUGACUCUCACGGCGUACAAGGAGGAACAAUGUCAGAAUGGACAGAUCGUCGGAGUCGAAACGUCCAGUGCUGAGACGACCACCACAGCAGAGAUGACUGCCUCGUCCGAUGCUGUUCAACCGACCACUUCUUCCGAUGCCUGUUUUGUCGGCAUUGAUGGUUUGAACGGCGAGCCUCCACGAGAGAGCCGUCUGGCUGACUGUUCGAGACUGAACACAGUCACUGUCAGCCCAUACCCCGAGACUUCAACCGUAUUCAAGCGCGAAGUCGCGUUCCGCAUUCCGACAGCCUUCCCGACCUGGCGGCCUGCGAUGAAUACCCUUGCAGCCCGUGCAGAGGGAGAGCCUACAGCCACUACCAUCCAGCCAACUGAGGUUCCUGUCUAUGCUACCUACUGCGACUCUCCCGAGGAAUACUACGCGGCUUGCUCAGAGGCUGGGAUCACUGCGUUCACGACUACUCUUCCUACGACGACUACUUCCACAUCAACGACUGUUAGUGAUUGUCCAGCGAAGCGACUUGUGAGGAGAGCUGGUGAGCAUAUGGGGUAUGAGUUUGAGGAUAACUGGGAUGCCCAUAUCAUGCCAGGUUAUAAGCUGUUUUAG